CAUCAAAAGCGCCCGUACCCACGUGUCCCAGCCUGCCCAUUACAAGUCUUCCGCUGGGCGUCGACAGGUCGUCCCAGUCACCAUCCAGCACAGCGUCCUUGAGAAACGCCAAUGUUGUCUCGAAACUCAUCUUGGUGAAAGGGCUCACGUUGCCACUAAGUCCCAUACGAUUGAAGGGCGUAAACCCGCCACUGCGCGUCAUAUGAUCGGCAAUCAGGUUCAAGUGGCGAUUGUCAACUGUGAUGGCGUGUGACUCGAAGACGGCGCGCAGUUCGCGGAUAAUAUUGGCGCGACAAGCCUCAACACCGUAUAUUUCGAGUACGGCAGCCACAUCGUUGGUGGAGAUGCGGUUUGGGUUGAUGAAAGAUCCAUAUUGUUGCAUUGCGCGCAGGUUGGAGCCAGCAGUGUGCACCAACGAAACCUCGCUUUCCCGGCCCGUCCAGGGGUCUGUUACCUUCUCCUCGGCGACAAAUGUGCCCGACUUGAUACCUGGUAUUUGCUGCACAAGUGCUUUACGGACGGCAUCUUGAACCAGGCUCAACAUCAAAAUCUUCGGGAUUCCAAUGUCGUACUCGAGUGUAAUCUCGCACCACUCCCCAGAAGUUUCGUCACACCGGAAUCUUAUACACUCUGGGUUCUUAUCGCGGACCCGCAGUUCUCUGUCUUUGGCCUUUGCCUGCGCAACAUCGUCGAGCUCCAUGUGCAUAUGGGGGUCAUCGUCGCCGCCAGCAGUGACGUUCUUGGACGACUCUGGCGGAGGGCUUCCUCCUAAACCCUCAUCUUCGAAUUCGGCUUCCUGCUCUUGCUGUCUCUGAAUCACGUCAUCGUCAUCGUCGUUGGGCCCGUACGAGACCGCCUCGCUCCGGUUGGCCUUCUGUUUAUCUGCGGUCGCAUCUCCCUCAUCUUCGUCGCUGUCAUCAUCCUCAUCCCGAGGCCCAUUCUCAGAGGCGGGCGCAGCCAUCUCCACCGUGCCGACCUUUUCACCAAUCACCGGGGUAGCUGCGCUCUCCUUCGAGCCUUUUGUCUUGAUCUCCUUGGCAACAAGUCUGCGCAAAGUACUCAUAAACUUGGUCUCUACCGUAUUUAGCACGUCGGAAGUGGUGAUUGCAUAGGUCUUCGUGUAUUCAGCCGACGGGAAGAACCGCAGGCGCACGUCAAACAUUUUGGCAAGCUUGUGAUUGAUGCUGGUACCGACGCGCUCAAAGACGGUCGCCUUGUCGACGACAUGCGAGAGCGGAAGCAUGCUAAUGGCCUUUGCAAACUUCUCACCAUCCGCAGGUGACAUCUCCUCAUUGAGUAUCAGCGUCAUUGAAGGUGUCGAGAUUUUUGAGCUUGCGGUCAUGAGGAGUUCUCGCAGACGCGGAAUACCCAGCGUGACGUUCUUGGCCGAAUGACCUGCGAGAUGGAACGUGUUGAGUGUCAUCUGCGUUGACGGUUCGCCGACAGAUUGACCAGCCACGAUGCCAACAGCCUCGCCUGGAUGCACCAAAGAUCGCAUGUACUUGGCCGACAGAACCUUCUCAGCAGCCUUGCGGUUGAGACGAACAAUUGAAGAUGACUGGGGCCCAGAGUUCCUGAGUUUGUCAUCCUUUUCUUUGAUAAGGGCGUCCGGAUUUUCCUUAACAUAAGAAGACAUGGCAUCAAAAAACUUUUCCGACGUCGCAUAGGCGUAACGUGUCGGAUUAAGCAUGGAGCUGACUGGCUCUCCAGUGAAGAACCUGGGGUUCGCCUUGGCCUUCUUCAAAUUGGAUUUGUUCUGUUUCAAGAUCUCGUCGCGAAGCUCAAACAAUGGGAGCGUUCUAGGAUCCGAGAUGUUGAGCUGUGCCAGCUCCGACUUGAUGUUGUGCAAUAUGAAGGUAAAGUCCUUGAGAUACUUCUGCUUCGUCACGUCCAGACCAUCUUCACCGUACAGGAACUGCACGAGCGAGCCAUCCGCGUCACGAACUGAGUUGUCGUACCCGAUCUCGAGGCCCUCCAUACCUUUGAUCAGGCAUCGCUGCAGGUAACCUGAGCGCGAAGUCUUGACGGCUGUGUCAAUCAAACCCUCACGUCCAGCCAUGUGGUGGAAAUAGUACUCUUGUGGCCUGAUGCCAGUCAAGAAACGGUUCACGAUAUAACCGCCAGCCCUUAUAUCUGUCUCAAAGGGCUUGAAACAGGGGAGAGACUUGCCGCUGACCAUCAAGGGCACUCGUCUGCCUUCCAGAACUUGCUGGCCGAGAUUGCAUGAAAUGAGGUUUGCGUUGACCUGUCCACCCUUCGCUCCGGAGAUGGUCAUGGCCUGCAUUUGAUUCUUGGGAAAUUGCUUCUCAAGGCCCUUGGGAAGGCAGGCCGUUGUGAUGUCUUGUGAUAAAUGCUUACUUCCAGAAUUCAUCACGCCAUCGAGACCUUCUUGUUUUGUAUCGUCGCGCAUGACCUCCUCAAGACGUCGCAGGAGCUCUGGGUCAUCAUUCGCCGGCUGGUGCUGGUCCAGACUGACAUAUUUAGCUGCCACCUGAAGCCCAACAAGGUGUGCUCGUGAGUCAAUAAUGUUUCUUCGAUCAGCCUCACCCUCCGGCGUAAGCUUCAAGUCGUCCAUGCCGCAAGUGAAAGCACGCAUGUUCAGGUACCUGGUGAGCAGACGGCCCAUGGCACUGAGAAGCUUGCCUGCGAUGGCAGGACCGUAAACUUCGUGAACGGCGUGUACAAGUCCGCCAGAGCUUGGGCCUAGUUGCGCCUUAUCGAGAAUGCCCGAGAUGAACUCGCCAUCACGGAAUAGGACCUGGCCUUCCUCGGAGUGAACACCCCAGGCGUGUGCAGGAACUUGGGUCUUACCCGUCAUCCAGAGGUCGCCACAAUCAAGAGGCCUUAUGUUCCGCAAAACUGUUGUGAUGACUUGUUUUCCGGUCCACCGGGCUUUAGGCUUUAUGAUCGCUGGUGGCACCAGCUCGAUACGUUCCCUCAGGAUGUGGCCGCUCUCGGGACGUAGAGCAUUGUAGACAAGCUCGUGGUAUGCACUGCGGUCAAGGUAAGUGUCCUUGUUGCAGAGAGCUACCGAAACGGACAAGUGAUCCUGGAUGAGACCUCGGAGCGGCUUGCCCUGCGUGCCCGAUAUGUAUUGAUGAUCCGUGUCGGCUAGCUGCAGUGCCUCUGUCCUCGCAACCUCGUUCUGGGGGAAGUGCAUGUUCAUUUCGUCUCCAUCAAAAUCUGCGUUGUAUGUGUUGCAGUUGGCAUAGUGCAUCCUGAUGGUCUUCUCGCCUGGCAGAACUCGAACUCGAUGUCCCAUGAUGGAGGGCUUGUGAAGAGUUGGUUGGCGGUUCAUGAGGACUACAUCUCCGUUCGAGAUGUGACGGUGAACCUUUUUGUUACGCAUGUUUCCAGAAUUAUUGCUUGUUGGGGCCAGAAGCUGAUUGGCAAGAGAAGAGCGCUCCUCUUGAGAUUUGUUCCUCAGAUUCACAAUCUGACCAUUCUCGUUCUCAAUAGCUGCUGCUCCAGGCCACUUGUCAGGCCCGUUGAUGACGGCUUGCUGCAUAUCUCUGAAAUUGUGGCUUGUGACGGGUUCUGGAUAGGUAAGCUUCCGCGCAAAGACUGGUGGUACACCGAUCUCGUUGGUUUCGAUGUUGGGGUCCGGGGAUAUGACACUGCGGGCCGCGUAGUUCACUCGCUUCCCCAUCAUGUUCUUCCUGAACAGGCCCUCCUUCUUCUCCAACUUCUGCUUGAUGCCUUCUUCAAGGGCCUUUGCCGCAGCACCCUGCGUGGGGCUCUUGGUAUUGUCAAUCAGGGUGUUGACACAGUCUUGUAGCUCCGUCCAGGCCUCGUGAAGAAUUGUUGUGUCCUUCCCGUGGCGUUGCGACAGUAGGGAAGUCGGGUUUUGCAAGUCGCGGAAGAUUUGAGUGAGUUUGGUAGAUGCCUUCAAGAUUGCCUUGUAAAGGCUGUUUUGCUGUGCCUCAUUGAUUUGUGAGUCUCCGGUUCGCGCUUCUGGCCGGAAUCGAUUUGGUGGAACCAAGAGAGUCUGGACGAAAAACAGGCCGGCAUUGAUGUGCUUGGUGCUCUUGUGACUGGGUUUUGAAUUGUAGAAGAGACUGAGGACCUCUUGCUCCUUCUCGAACAACAAGUCUAGCCUCUCCAAGACCUCCCGGGCGCUGAGAUAUCGUUGCGAUGGCGCCGCACCGGACUUUUUGGGCUUAGACUUUGGCAGUUUCACUACGUUGCCCUGCUCGUCCAGGUCAUCUCCAUCGACACUCUCUUCGCCGGAGGACUCCUCGGAUGGGAGGUCAGCAUCAGAAACUGCCUCAUCCGAUUGAUAGCCCUCGUCAGUUUUGGGCUUCUGGCGGAUUGCCAUGGCAUCGCGCAGCUUGAAGCGGCCUUGAGCCAUCUUGCCCUGGUCUUUGGACGAAAGAGGCUUCUCGAAGAUCUUGACGAAUCGAUCUUUGCGAUAUGUCGGCGAGACUCCAUCACAGCUGGCGCAGAUCCUCGACUUGGUCAUGUCUUGCAGAAAUUGCUUUACGAGAUCCCUUCGCAUUUCCGAAGCGCCUUCGUGUUUGCCCUUGCGAAUCUCACCGAGGCUGAUCUGAUGUUGUUGAAGCACCUGGCGGACGUAGGCAUUCCGUUUGCGUAUGACAACAUCCUCGGUAGUCUUGCCACCCUGGGCAUCUUCGGUUUCCGACUCUCCGCCCUUGGGGGUGUCACCUUCAGACACACCGUCAAGGCUGUCGCCGAUCAGAUCCAGCCGCUUUGCCUCGGCAAGCAAUCCGUACUGCAGAAGCCUGAACAGACAAAUGUAUCGAUUUAUAUCCCUGCGACGCAUGCGGAAUCUGUGACAGUAUGCGCAUUGGGAUCUGAGGAGACGGAGGACCUGAUCCAUGAAGACGGGAUGAUAGACAGGGACUGGAAGCUCGAUAUGACCCGGGUGGCCGGGGCAGGCGGACGGGCCGAGAUUGCAGGUCGCGCAUACCGAAUCACCCCAUGCUCCCAGAGCGGGAUCGUAGAGUCCGCCGGGCACGGGAUUCAGUAGAGUAUCGAAGGUGCUGUCAUUCUCGAUUCUGCGCACCGAAAACGCCCUGAUCUCGUCGGCUGAGAGCAAUUCGAAAGAAACGCUGUCGAUGGACGACGAGACAGGCUGGGAGAUAUUCAUGGCGGCGACGAGAUGACGGUGCACAACUUGCGGGAAGUUUUGCUGCUCGUCUCAGAGCCGACUUCACAUGAUUUGGUCAAGAUACUGCAGCUUGCAAACAAUCCAGCGGGGGAACUCGACGACGAUGAGCUCCGAGACGAUUUUUUUGGCGGUGGAGGCGGGCAGAAAAUAUGGAGUGGGGCCGAAAUUGACUAGGCAGAGAAGGUAGGUAGGUGCGAAUCGUUGUGGCGUCACAGCGCGUCUCUCAAGACAGAGCAGCAGCAGCACCUACCGCCUCUUCAGCAUUAGGAUUGCCCAUGUGUUUGAUUUCAUUCAUUGGUGAAGACAAUAUAACGAGAAAAAUCAUUGCAAAACCACCACGGCCUUGUACACGAAACAUAAAAGUACCCUGGGUUUGAUCCUGCCUCGAUCAGGACCGCGCAAGUCCCGCCUCUUUCUUAGCCUAGCCAUCAACAAUCAACGGCUCGGACCACUGGUGCCAUCGCAUUCAAUCCCACCGCCCCCCAAACCUUUCUGUGUCGCCAUCAUGGAUCGCGGCCACAGCCCCGGGCUGGGGCCACGCCCCGACUCUGCGUCUCGGGUGCAGAAGCCUGAGACAGCAGCAGACAAAAUGGCCGCCCUGAAAGCACGGGUUGCAGCCGCUAUUGGUAGCAGCAAAGCCAAGGGAGGCCUUAAUGUCGGCCUACAUCCAAUGCUCGAAGAACUGAACAAGCCUAAAUCAUCGGUCAAGGCGAGCGACUCACGAUCUUCUUCUUUGAGCUCCAAUAGAGCGACAGGCACAAAAUAUGGUCACAGGAACUCAGAAUCAGGAGCGGGCGCGGGGCUUGGAGACCGCCAGAGCAAUCCCUACCUCGAUACCGUUGCAACGGGCGGACAGUCUACGAAACAACGAGAACCGCGGCAUCUUGUUUUCAAUCAGAAGGGAAAGUACAUAGCCCAGGGCAAUGCCCUCCGAAGGCAGGCUGCACUUGAGGCAAUGAAGAAGCGCAUUGCGGAGCAAACACGCAAGACUGGUAUUGACGAAGAUCUUGAUGUUCCUGUAACGUUCAUCGAGGAGCCUCCGGAUAUUGAAUGGUGGGAUGAGGGCCUGGUAGAUGGUCAGAAUUACGACAGAAUAGAAGAUGAGAGCACGUUGCGGAUCACAUCUGAUGACAGCAUCAUCACGGAGCUGAUACAACAUCCGGUUGCAUUGGAACCUCCACAGGACAAGAAUGUACAGGCGCCGAAGCCAAUGUUUCUCACAGCAAAAGAGCAGAAAAAAUUGCGGAGGCAAAGGCGUGCAGCAGAUCUCAAGGAAAAGCAGGCAAAAGUUCGACUGGGGUUGCUGCCACCAGAGCCGCCAAAAAUUACCAGGAACAAUAUGAUGGUGGUCCUUGCAGAUCAGGCGGUGAAGGACCCGACAGCAGUGGAGGCGCAGGUCAACAGAGAGGUCGCAAAGCGACACGAGGGACAUCUUCAAGCGAACGAGGAGCGCAAGCUCACCAAGGAACAGCGGCACGAGAAGCUUGCAGCGAACCAGGAAAAGGACGCAUCAAAAGGUCUCCACCUGCUGGUAUUCAAGAUCAACAGCCUGGCUAAUGGACAGCACCGGUACAAGAUCGCCGUCAACGCCGAACAGCACGCUCUGACCGGUAUCUGCAUAAUGCACCCCAGAUUCAGCAUCGUCAUCGUCGAAGGCGGUGCGUGGAGCAUCGCCAAAUAUAAGAAGCUCAUGCUGAAUCGUAUCAACUGGACCGAGAACACGCCGUCGCGCGACAGAGACAGUGCCAAAGCGGGUGUCUUGCGAGACUGGCUAAAGCCCGAGGACGACAAAGGUGGCCUUAAAGACAUGUCGGCUAACCAAUGCAAGCUUGUAUUCGAAGGUGAAGUCAAGACGAGAGCCUUUAGAAAAUGGGGCAGUAAGGUGUGUGAAACUGAUGCCGAAGCAAGAGAUGUGCUGGCUAGAGUUAAGAUGGAGAACUUUUGGGCCCAGGCCAGGACAGUAACAUGAGACUCGAGGUACAUUGGUUGGGUAGAUCUUAUAUUACAGGAGUUGGUCACAUCAUACAGCCCAGAUUAUUUGCAGUGUGUUGGGUCAUCAUAUAAGUUCAUUGUAUAAAUGCCCAGCAGGGCCAAUCAACGCAAUCCGAGAAAUUUAAUUUCGAGAUAAACGGACCGCAGGGACGCAUAUGCAGAGGCAGAGUAGGGGGAAGAAAGAUAAAGAAAAGUUAAGCCACACGUUCAAAGUACGGAAGCAGCCACACAUGAUGAGGCCGUACGGAG